AUGUUGUUCGAAGUAGCUUACUUCUUCAAGGUGGAGUUAGUGAGCACGUUUAAGGUCACUUCCAGCACUAUCAUUGCUGGGAAACAUCAGAAUGAGUUUGACACAGAGGACCCACGUUGGUACACGAUUAUGAUGGGUGGAGCUUCCAGUAAGCAGAAGGACAGUUCCCAUUUGCCUGAUGUCGAUGUGCCGUACUCGGAGAACAACUACCCACCACUUAAGCCGCCCAAGACAAAGAAAGACAUUGUGUACAAUCCACGACUUUUCACAGCCAUCGAUGCAAAGGCCAGUGUGACCUCGAGGGAUGAUGCCCUGUCCUAUCAAACGUUGAUCAAACAUUUGACAGAAGGACUUCAGAAUGAUGUCCAGAAGGUCAGGUCCAUAUUUGUAUGGCUGGCCUCACAACAGAUCAUGUACGACAAUUUCGACGAUGUCGUUGACGUCAACACUCCUCUCGGCUACAUGCGUCUCAUUCAGGAUGACAGAGGAACUUACGAGCAAUUCUUUGCUCUACUCUGUAGGAAAGCUAAAAUCCCUUGCAUGGUCGUCCAGGGAAACAUCAAAAGUGCUACAUACGAAGUAGGUGACAUGGACAUAGAAUGCAUCUAUGGCCACUGGAACUUGGUGUAUCUCGAUGGAUCGUGGAGGAUAGUCAAUCCGAAGUGGGCAAUGGUGUCCAUUGGGAACUAUAGCACUGAACGAUGGCGCAUGAUAGAAAAAGAUGGGAAAGCAGAGCAACCAGACAGAGAGGAAGGCAGUUUAGUGUAUGUGUAUAGUCAGGACGACUUUUAUUUCCUCACAGACCCUGAGGAUCACAUUUACAGGUGUCUUCCAACCAAUGCCAAAUGGCAGCUUCUUGGGGAGCCUUGGAGUAUGGAAAAGUUCCUGAUGGUUCCAUUAGUCCAUAAUGACUUCUUUGCAUCUGGAUUAAAAUUACCCGAAGGACAACAAGGUAUUCUUGGUGCCAAAGAAGGGGAAGUGGAAAUUAACUUCCAGGUGACCAAAGGUGCAAAGGAUAUCAAAUAUGAAUUAUACUGUGAUCGGAAAAGCAAGAAGAAACUUCAUGGAGACAGUCAGAUGUCCCGUUAUGUAUUUGUUAACAACAUCAGAUCGACAAGAUCAUUUUUCAUUCGUCUUCAGACAGAAGGGAGAUACAUGCUUACGAUUCUCAACGAUACUGACACACCAUUGUGCGACUUCAGAAUAGACUGUUCUGGAGUCAAAGGGACAUGUGAACCGUUUCCUAAAAAUCCUGCUAUUGGAUGGGGUUUCAAUGAAACAACUAAGAGAGCUGGGUUGUCAAGUCCUUCGCAAGAAAGCGGAAUUGUGACUAUUGACUCAAAGAAAUCAGUAGAUAUUACCUUCAAAACUCGGAAGGGGGUAGAUGUAAAAGCUAAUCUUCUACACAAUGAGAUUCCUACAACAGAACUUGAAAAACAUGUCAAUCAACAAAAGGACGGUGACAAACUGACAGUAACCGUUGACAUACCCACAACAUCUACUAAGCAAGAGUAUGCCCUUGAAAUUAAUGCUAAAGACAGUGCAACUGCCAAGCACCAAAAUGUUGCUAACUAUCUGUUAACAACUCAAAAGAACAAACCUCAUGAUAUUGCAUCACGAGGUAUAGCGUCUACUACAAAUUCAGGGAAGCAUUCAAACGAAACAAAAACAAAUGGUUAUAUCAAGAAAGAAAAUCCAGCGGAACCAUCUGUUGACAAACAAAAUGAGUCUGUACAGACAAAGGGAAUGUUUUCCUUUCUUUCAAGCAAGCCUAAAACCAAAGGACCUUCUUCUGAAGAAACUGGUGGAGGCAAGGAUAAAGCCGCCAAUGGAAGCAUCCCUUCCAAGCAGUCUCAAACUGUCAACAGCGACACCAAAACCGGUCACACUGCCGUUGACAAAGCUAAAGACAAUUCAAAGGAGCCAUCACAACAAUCACUGACCUCAAAGCUUAAAAACAAAACAUACUCUUUCAAAAUCAAAAAUAAAGAAACCAGUCAGGAUUAUGAGUCGUGUGGAUUGUCUCCUGAGGGUGUUCCUAAUGGAAAUCAAGCUGUAGAAAGCAUCCAUAAAUUACCAGGAUCGAGGCAUCUUAAAAAGGCAAUAGAAAAUCGACGGUUAUCGGAAAUAAACAAACUCUUGGAAGAGACGGGUGUUCAUUCACCUGAUCCCAAAUUAACGGAAUUGAAGGAAAAAGCCGAAACUGUCCGGACCGUGAUUAAACGAAUGAACAAGUACCUACAUGAAGUGAUGGCCGUCAACCAGGGCACCAUCGCAGAGAUCCAUAGCUACAGUCACCCUAAGCCAAUCGUCCAUGACGUCAUGAGGGCAACAUUUCUCCUUCUCGGAGAAAGGGGAGCACAACUUCGGAAGUGGCACUACAUACAGCAGCUGAUGAGACGCACCAGCAAGGAUGGGCUGAUCGUGAGGAUUCAAGAAUUCGACGUCAGUAGCAUCAGUUGGGAACUUGCUGAAUACGUCAAGCUGAUCUUGGACGGCCGUGAUCCUGACGAGGUUCGCUUGACAAGUACAGGAGCCGGAGCCUUCUACAUCUGG